AUGGAUCCUCCUGGAACUCAACCAACGCCUACUAAUGGAGCUCAACAAGCUGGGGGUCGACCUACCAAUAAGCGUUUACAACAGACUCAAGCGCAAGUUGACGAAGUUGUUGGUAUUAUGAAGGUUAAUGUUGAGAAGGUUCUUGAACGUGACCAAAAACUUUCGCAGCUGGAUGAUAGAGCUGAUGCUCUUCAGGUGCUUCGCAAUUCGAGAAGUCUGCCGCAACUUUGAAGCGCAAGUAUUGGUGGAAGAACAUUAAGAUGAUCGCAAUCAUGUGUGCCAUUGUGAUCCUUCUUAUCAUCAUUAUCGUCAUUUGGGCUAAAUAAGCUUUUCAAGAUGAAAUGAUGCUUAAAACGGUUUCUGUGAAGGAGUAAUCCCCCAAAGAUGUUCUGACACUUUUUAUUUACAAGUAGCCCCUCUAUACGAAAAUUUUUCUUUUCUAAAAAUUGUUCCAAGUAUUU